CAAGUACGAAAAAUUCUAUUAGUUUUUGUCUCAUUCUGUUGAAAAAUUCCACAGCUCAUCUGCACGUUUUUUUUCAAUAGAAUUUUUUAAUUUCCUGAUUUUUUUAAUGCUUUGGAGGCGCAACGCAGGGCCAGUCGCAGGGCGCCUCAAGAUGACAGAAGAGUGUUCGUUGGAUGCUCUCCCAACCGAACUACUUCUUCACAUAUUCGAUUGUUGUAAUGUUUACGACCUCAUCAGAUUAUCAUUAGUUUGCAAAAGGUUUUAUUCUAUUAUUGGGGACGACACCUUGUGGAUUAGGGAGAGCCGUAGGCCCAUUGUCACUAAUCAGUGCUCCAAAAGGUUUCGGGACAGAUGCAAUCCAUUGUUAUCGUUGAGGAAGAAGUGGCAGGUGUCGCACAAUUGGCAGUGCGGAAAGUACGACAGGGUGAUAAUUCAUACAGAUCGAGUGAAUUCAAUCCCCUGGAUACGCUUAACAGAAAAUGUAUUGUGGUGGAGCGGAGGGAAUCGUCUGCAUGGGUACCAUCGAGGUCGAAUUAAGACGAAUAGACGGUUCCAGGAUUCUAGGAAGAGUUGUCUCUUUGCCUGGGAUAACAUCCUCAGUGAUAUCUGCAAAUUCGUGGUCAGAGACGAAUAUGUUGUCAGUGGGCACAGAGAUGGAAGAAUUUGGUUUUGGCUGAAGAACGAAGGGCAAGAGGGUCAUUUUGAUUUCGGAAUCGUUGAAGCUCAUGCAUCCAGUGUCAACGCCAUCGACGAAAUCCCAGAGGCUGUGAUUUCUGGAGCUGCUGAUGGCACUGUUAAGAUAUGGCCGCAAACCUCAGAGAUCUACGACAUCAGACCCAUAUCGACGUUGAAUGUGUGCGAUAGGAUUUGGUCCCUGGGAGUUGACCCAGGGAGAACUACAUUUGCUGUAGGGUCCUCAGGGACUAGCACUGGACCACCCCUCCGAUUAUUCGAUAUUGAAUGUUGUAGAGAAAGAAGCCAAGUGAGCCACAGCUGGAGGCAUGGCGCAGGUAUUCUGGACCUCGCCUGGGAGAGCUCACACUCCCUACUUUCCUGUGGAUAUGACACGUACAUACGAAAGUGGGAUUUGAGAACUGGAACAUGUGUUGCCUCCUGGGCAGAUCCUACCGAUGCAACGAUAUACUGCAUAGCCUCGGAUUUUAAACACACAAUGAUCACAGGAACCCAAUACAAUGGGAAAGCUGUUCUCUGGGACCAGCGACUGCCUCAUUACGUUCAACUUUACUUCAUGAAUUCCCGACGGACCUCGAGUCCCGUCUACAGCAUAUCAUUCGACAGCACUCACUUAGUCGGCGCGACAGACAGACAAUUAGUAGAAUUCACAUUUUCUGGGGCCAAUAAUCGCUCCAGAGAUUAUCGCGAAAUCCUCAAAUGAUUUUAAAAAGGCUGGGGGAUAAUUAAAGUAUCAUUAAAAAUACAUUUUAAAUAGUUUAAACUGUACACUCUUCAUCUCUUAGCCAUUAAAUGACCAUUCGUGUACAAAACAGUAAAAUUUCCCAUGAAACAAUAAAACUCUCAUUUUCUUUCGAAAUUGAUGAAAAUGCAUUAAAACCCUAGAUUAAAUAUAACAAUGAAUGUUUCGAUAAACGAUAGAGGAACUUGCGACAUUGGCAGAACGAGGUGAUUCAACUCGAAGGUCAAACACCUUGCUGACUACUCUUUUAUUUUCGUUCUCUUUUUCCUCACACGUGCUAUAUUGUUUAAACUCUCGAUUCAUCGAAAUUUUUUAAUUACGGAAUUGUUUUCAGAAUGAAUGAUUGUAAGCAUGUCAUGAGACUUUUUUGGGCCCAAGUUUGUUUUCUAAAAAAAUGUUCUAUUGACAUUUUGCUCUGAAGCCCCCAAUUAUCGAGACAAUUUGCGAAUUAAUAAAAAUAUUUCAUUAAUUCGCAACGUAAAAUAAAAUAGUAUUGACUAAUUUAUUUUACUAUUUCACUACUUAAGUCUACAUGAAAUAGUUAAAAGCCAAUAAUACGUCGUGUGGUAAUUAGCUUGUUGUUUCUCGUUGAUAAAAGAUGUUCCCAACAAUAAAAUUUUAAAAACUCAAAAAAUUCGAUGAAUGAUUUGAAAUAGUAGUUUGCCCACCUCUGCCCACAUAAAAAAUUCUCCUCCAUUACCUAUGCUUAAUUUCGGAAUUAAUAAAAACGUUUCACCCAACAACUUGGCAAAUUUCU